AAUGAAGUUGUUCAAAUGCUUUCUCAUAUGUUUAGUAAUAUACGUUGGACAAAUUCACUCGUUCGAAGGAAUGUGUACGGCACAGGGACAGUGCACGGCACCGGAGAGCAACAGUCUCUACUCGGCAGAUUUCAACAAAUAUUUUAGCGCAAUAGAAUCAUCCCUAGCGGCGUAUGUUCCUUGCAACAGCACCAAUUGCAACUGCCACACAAAUGUACUAAAGGCUGACCUAAAGCCAUUCAAACCACAUGGCAUCACGAAAGACUCGAUCAACCGAGCGAAGCAAUACGGAACGCACUAUCAGGUGGUCGGCCAUAAAUUGUACCGGCAACGCGAAUGCAUGUUCCCGGCACGGUGCUCCGGUGUGGAGCAUUUCGUGAAACCUUUACUGUCACUGCUGCCCGACAUGGAUCUGGUCGUAAAUUGUCGCGAUUGGCCCCAAAUCCAUCGGCACUGGAGCAAAGAACGGAUACCGGUACUUUCGUUUAGCAAAACAAAUGAAUAUCUCGACAUAAUGUAUCCAGCCUGGGCCUUUUGGGAGGGCGGUCCAGCCAUAGCUCUCUAUCCCACCGGUCUAGGACGGUGGGACCUUCAUCGGAAAAGCAUUACGAAAGCAAGCACCGACUGGGACUCGAAGGAAUCGAAAGCAUUUUUCCGCGGUUCACGUACUUCCGACGAGCGUGAUGCAUUGGUGCUACUAUCCCGUGCGCAACCGUCGCUCGUUGACGCACAGUAUACGAAAAACCAAGCCUGGAAAUCUCCACAGGAUACGCUGAACGCAGAACCGGCGCGGGAAGUGACACUGGAGGAACACUGCCGGUAUCGGUUUCUGUUUAACUUUCGCGGUGUAGCCGCUAGCUUUAGAUUUAAGCAUCUUUUCCUGUGCCGUUCGCUCGUUUUCCAUGUGGGCGAUGAGUGGCUAGAAUUUUUCUAUCCCUCAUUGAAACCAUGGGUACAUUACGUCCCGGUACCGGUACGCAGUAGCCCAGAGGAACUGGAAGCAUUAAUCAGGUUCUUCCAACAGCAUGAUGAGCUGGCGCGUGACAUUGCCGAACGAGGAUACGAUCAUGUUUGGAAUAAUUUGCGCAUGGUUGAUGUUGAAUGCUACUGGAAGAAAUUGUUAAAACGGUACGGAAAGCUAAUAAGCUACACGGUUGAGCCUGAAUCCAGUUUGGUCGAAGUGUAGGGCGAGUGUCCAAUAAGGCCGAACGAAAGAUAUUAUUGAGCCAUGGCAUUCAUUAUGACUGAAAAUGGGCAAUCUCACAAAUUGAUCUAAAGAUUUCAUUCCAUAAUUUUCUUCCACAUAGAAAUAAACAACAAAAAAACAGACAGAAAUAUGGAGAUAGUAAACUAAUCACUGUGAUCGAGAAAUUCUGUGUGAAAUAGAAGAGGAGAAUAUUUUAAAUAGUCUCGUGACCAAUACAACGGAUGAUUUGAUCAAAUCGCGACUAUGGAACUGAAGACUACACCUACAAAACUUUCUUUUACUCCUUUGACUAAAGUUCAGGCCGC